GUGAAUAAAAUGUUGAGACGUUGUGGAAUAUGAUCUGAUUGUGUGCGACAGUGCGCUGUCUGUCUGUCUGAUGGCGCAGCUUUCGUCACUCAUCACACCAAUCAAUAAACAGUCAGUCAGUCGUUCAUGCACAUGUGGGUAUGUUGUGUUGCACGUCCCACACACCCAGCGGACACAAACAACGGUCGUUUGCUUGACACAAAAACAGUCCGUUAAGCAAACAAGACCAUCCAUCUGCAAACCCACACACGGUACCUCCCUGUCCGCCUGUCCCCCUGCCUGCCUGCCUGCCUGCUUAUCUUACACAAACCAUCCGGACGCUAGCUCUCUUGGCAUCGUGCUCAAUCAAAAUACAGAGGCAGGGAGGGGAAACCCAUGAAAACGUGGCUGGCUGCUGGGUUGCAUAUGCAUGCAACGCUAGAGGGCGUUCAACCGCUCCUCAAUGUCGCCCUCGCCCUCGGCAACCUAAUGCAGCAAUGGACAAGUAACACACACAGACACACAAGACAGACACUCAUCCUCACAUACGGAUUGCGCGCCGAUCUGAUCAAUCAGAUCUGAUCUUGAUCUGUCGACUGACCUCAGCUUGUGGUUGUGCCUGCGCGGGCAGCUUGCCGGCCGCGGCGGGGAGCUGGCCCAGGACGCCGGCCGCUACCUCUGACAGCACCUUCUGCACCUCCUCGUCGGCCUCCUCCUCUACACCUGCUCAGGUGAGGGAGUGACCAAAGAGACAGACAGACAGGCAGACACAAGGGUGGAUUGAUGGCUUGGGUGUGGUGUGUCGUCUGUGUCUUGUCUGUCUGUCGGUUCGGCGGCUGCCCGUCUGCCCCUACCGGCGGCGUCCAUAGAGUCGACGGCGUCGCUGACCAUCUCCUCGAUCAGACCCAUCUUGGUCAUCUCGCCUGCCAUCUCGCCCAUCUGACGGGAUGGAUGGACGGACGGAGAUAGGGAUGAACAGAGAACAGCACACACGUGAUAUUGCUGAAGAAAGGAUGGCUGAGUGGUUCGUUGGUUGGUUGGGCAGUCUGGCCGACCACUUUUGCGACUUCUGGGUAUCUGAUGAGUUUGCUCAUCGACUGCAUCACGUCGGUGCUCGUCUUGAGGUGAUCCGCCAUACGCAUCGUAGCUAUACAGACAGGCACACACAGACACACAGCACACCCACCACACAACACAAGACAGAAAUGGACGGGUGGAUGGAUGGAUGGACGCAAUACAACAAGAGAGAGAAAAGUGUGUGUCUUGUGGUGUCCUGUCCCCCUCACCCAGGUUGCUCUGCAGCGACAUGGCGACGGAGUUCAUGUGUGCCUUGCUCUCGUUCAGCCCUUCACCCACACACCCACACACCCACACACCCACACACACACAGAGACAGACACAGAGACAGACAGCAGUCACUGCACCUCUCCCCAUAGCAGCAGACAGGGCGGUGCCUUGCCCACAUCUCUCACUCACUCACGUGUUUUGGCGUUUCUGGACCUGACGACCUCCUUCGCGAGUACUUUGCACGACUGCACGUCGUUCCUCUUGGCGGCGGCCUUGAUCUCAGCCACGACCUUCCUCUCCUCAAAGUCGAUGCUUCGGAUGGAGCGGUCGAUGCCUCGCAUCUCGUGACGAAGCUUCCGAGUCCACUCACGCACCUGCACACACAGCCCUCACACAAACACACACAACUCUUACAGAGAGAGGAACUCCAUCCAUCGGUUGUCUUGCACCGACCUGUUCUUUCGGUUCUUUGGGUGGCUCAGAUGCUCGUCCAAAAAGUGACCACACCAUGGCUGGCUCCUUCUCAACCUCCGAGCCGCUAAGACCUCACUCGGCACACACCAGACAGGAGGCUUCCACACAGCAGUACGACGGUAGCUGUCUUGGUGCGAAUCUUCUCUCUCUGGUUAGAUCUGCUGUCUAGCGAGUGCGACGGCCACUCUGACCACUCCAAAACGACGAAAACGCGAAUCACAAAGCUCAGGCUAAGCUCCCAGGGGAGGAGCACUCAUUCC